AUGGCUGAAGAAGAACAAUUUGCCUUUCAAGCUAAGAUAUAUCAGCUUAUGUCAAUUAUUAUUAACACUUUCUACUCAAAUAAAGAGAUUUUUCUUCGUGAAUUGAUUUCAAACGCUUCAGAUGCUUUGGAUAAGAUUCGAUAUGAAUCACUUACCGAUCCUUCAAACUUGAUAACAGACAUGAACUUUAUAUCUGAAUAA